CUCUAUUCAAUUCUACGUUAGGAAACUGCUCUGUUAAUGUCUCCCCUCUCUCUCUCUCUCUCCCCCCUUUGGGUUGUUUCGUAAAUUACAGAUUACUGUCAUCUUUAAUCUCUACCUCUCUCUCUCUUCACAUUUUGUUUGUGUCUCAAAUCCUUCGCCUUUAAGACCUCUCUCUUUCUCUUUCUUCUUCCGUUUCUACCUUCCCGGGUUUGGUUUUCUCGCCUCAUCUCUUUCUUUCCUUGUGUUUUUUUUCCUCGAGAAAGUGUGAGAAAUCUAAGAGGCAGCCGAACAGGGAUAUAGCUUUCUUUGAUUAUCUUGUCUGGGUUAGUUCUGUGUUUUUUGGCCCAGGAUUUAUGAAUAGAUCCAUCUGCUGGGUGUAACAAAAGUGUACCUGGCUUACGGCUUACCUUGGAAAUUUCUUCAAGAUAUUUACUUAUUACAAAACUGUUAUCGGCCCAAAUGCAAGGGCAAAGAGGGAGACUAGAUGCAUUGCCUGAAACGUUGGAAUUUGACCAUGGAUCUGCAUCGAGUAAUGCUGCCAUAGAUCAGCAGAUAUGCUGGAAUAAUAUGCGGAAUCCUGCUGGAAACCAAAUACAGGACUAUGUACUAUCACCUGGUGAUCUUAAUGUUGCAUAUUUGAAUUCCUUGAACCGUGAGCGACCGGUGUUGAAUGGAUGGAGCUUGGGUGAGCCUAGUUCUAGCAACACCCAGAGUGAGGUUAGAUGUGAUGAGCGGAAAGCAGAGCUUGGAUGGUCAUCUUCAGGAAGUGCAUGUCCUGGGGCUGGUUUAAGGUUGGAAGAACGGAGCUAUGAACUGUCUAAUGCAUUUUCGGCUGAAAAUGCCAAUUCAAACCAUCAGUAUGUGCAAAGUUCCAAUUCCGAUGUGCUUACUCAGAAUCUCAACUUAAACACAGGUUCUGUGAGUCAUGGUGGUGACAGUCGCCGAGUCACAGGAUUUCCUAAUUUUCCCAAGUCUAGCAGAUUAGAAAAUCAGUGCAUUCCACCUGCUAGUGGUUCUGAUCAUCAUUUACUUCCUUCACGAACUGGUGGAGUUUUAGUGGCAGAGAAUGAUGGCAGAUCAGGUUGUUCAUUGGAGGGUCAUCGUGUGUCCUGUAAAAGAAAAUCUCUUGAAGCAAAUGUUGGACAGUCUUCUGUAUCUGGAAGUUCUAGCUACUUUCAGUGUACAGAAAAUAGUGCAUGGUCUCCUGUUCCAUCUCAUUUUAGUUUGAGCAGGAGUUUAAGUGUAUCUGCUCCAUCAGAACAGGUGAACCCAAGAGUCGGGCUCGGUGCAACCGAAGUUACUUCUGGUUGCAUUCCUGAUCCAAGUUCAGCGGGAAGUUCCCAUAGAACAUCCCGUGUGAGGAUAAAUCCUCCAACUCAACCAGAUUCUAUUCCCCCUACUUUAAUCCCUACAGAGAGGCCUGUUAGGCAUUCUAGUAUAUCAACUUCCCAGCUGCCACCAAGACUUCUUCCAGUUGAUUAUUCUUUGGACUUGCGGUCAACACCUGCUGCAGAUAAUAUGAUUCCUCACAGUCAACCACUAUUGAUCCAUCUUCCUGAAUUUCCACGAAAUGUGCAAGGUUUUAGGUGGAAUGGACGACAUAGCUCAGGAACUGCUAGUUCCACAAGCUCUAAUGUUUCUGGAGAUAGAGACGCUGUACUGCGUAAUGAAACAGGCUCAAGAAGCAUGGAAAGAAACCUUUCAGAACAUCCAAUGUUUGUGCCGUCUCCUGAACCAGGAAAUUUGGUACGAAAUCCUGCACAUAGAAGUUCAACUGGUGGAAACUUGCGAAUUCCUGGAAAUGUUGCAUCUACCUCUCGAACUGGCCUCAGUUCAGGUGUCCAUCCAUCGUCUGCACCUACUUUGGCUUCUCAACUGAAUCCUCCACAAUAUCCACGAAGGUUAUCUGAAUAUGUUCGCCGGUCACUGUUUUCUUCUACUGGUUCUGAGCCUGGAGGACAAAGCAGUAACUAUUCCCCACUGCGUUCAGGUCCUGUUUCCUCACAAGAAAUGGGGUUUUCAUCUGGACCUGGUAACCAGGGUCAUCACCAGUUGCACCCAAGGUCAGCAUUGUGGGUGGAGAGACAAAGUGAUGGUGGACCUGGAAUCCCCUAUUUAUUGCGAGCAAAUGCUGUGGCUGGUGAAGGAAGUAGCAGACUUGUAUCUGAGAUUCGCAAUGUCUUGGGUCUCAUGCGUAGGGGCGAGAACUUGCGAUUUGAGGAUGUCAUGAUCCUUGAUCAGUCAAUGUUUUUCGGAGUGGCUGAUAUUCAUGAUCGGCAUAGGGAUAUGCGUCUAGAUGUUGAUAACAUGUCAUAUGAGGAGUUAUUGGCUCUGGAAGAGCGCAUUGGAAAUGUGAGCACAGGAUUGAGUGAAGAAACAAUAUCAAAUCGUCUGAAACGGCGGAAAUAUUCUAUUGUGGUCAAGUCUCAGCUUGAGGCAGAACCAUGCUGUAUCUGUCAGGAGGAAUACAAUGAGGGAGAUGAUCUUGGAACUCCAGAAUGUGGCCAUGAUUUUCAUGUUGACUGCAUAAAACAAUGGCUAAUGCACAAGAAUUUGUGCCCCAUUUGUAAAACAACAGCCCUGACUAAAUGAGAGGCGACCGAUCAGCUUCUGGCAAUUUGUUAUCGUAUUGCGAAUAUCAGAGGUAUCCAUGACAUUAUGUAUGUUGCCUAUUUGGGGUAGUGAAUCAAAUACUCAGAUGCUUAUUGGCUGCUUCAGCAUUCCUUGUUCUUUCCAUCUGAAGCUGGUCCUUGGCACAACUCUCCCAAGAGCCAGUGUGAAAUUUUCUUUAGUUCCAUUCAAGCCAGCUAUCGUAAUUAUCUCCUUGUGGAGGCGGCCGCGGAUAUGGGAUGUGAGAAGUACAACUAGUUUCAAACCUUUCCAUUUAUCAACAAAGUAUUUACUUUACCAUGUUUAUUAAAGAUUCAGCCAAUUGGCGUUACAGAAUGUAGAUGAUCACAUCACAUUUUAAUGUCUUGUUCAUUUAGGACAGGUGGUGGCCAUCUCAGAGUAGUCUGAUUUGGAAGACUCACCAUUUCCAUUUUGCAGAGAUUUUUUUUUUCUAUUUUCUUAAAUAUUUAUGGCACCAUGUUGCAGAGCCUGACUGAUGGACAAGUUAACAAUUUCUUCGAA